AUGACCGCUACUGUGCUGGACCCGAAGCUUGUAGAGGCAUACCGGGACGCAAAGAUUCCCAAGGUGGUGAAUCCAAUCAAACUCGCUUUUGAUCCCGAAGCAUUGAAACGACGAUACAUUAGAGAACGCGACAAGCGCGCGGCAGAUGUCAAGGCCCACGGAGGCAUCAACCAGUUUCAGCUUAUCGAGACUGACGGCCCCUUCGCCGACUACCUCCGAGACUCUUGGGUUGAGCCGGGGUUUAAGAGAGACCCCGUGGACGAACAAGUCGACGUCUUCAUUCUUGGCGGCGGCUACAGCGCUCAGAUUAUCGCGGCGCGGCUCCUUGAAAAAGGGAUCACGAAUCUGAGGAUAGUGGAGAAGGCAGGCGACUUUGGAGGCACAUGGUACUGGAACCGCUUCCCUGGCGCACAAUGUGAUGUCGAAUCGUACAUCUAUAUGCCGCUGCUUGAAGAAACCGGCUUUAUACCGACCGAGAAAUACGCCCGAGCCAAAGAGCUUCUCGCCCACUCCGAAAGGAUCGGCCGUCACUAUGGUCUCUAUGAAAAAGCCCUGUUCCAGACCGAAGCGCUUAGUAUGCACUGGGACGACGACACGUCGCUGUGGACGAUCCAAACCAGUUGCGAUGAUAAAAUCCGAGCUAAAUUUGUCAUUCCUUGCUCUGGACCUCUACAUCGUCCUAAGCUCCCGGGAAUUCCGGGCAUGGAACGCUUCAAGGGAAAAGCCUUCCACUCGUCACGCUGGGAUUACGACUAUACCGGUGGCGAUUCUGACGGCAAUUUAAAUAGACUCGCCGAUAAGCGUGUAGGUAUUAUCGGCACCGGCGCGACGGCCGUCCAGAUUGUGCCUCACUUAGGUCAAUGGGCGAAAGAAGUCUUUGUUUUCCAGCGCACGCCGUCGUCGAUCGGUGUGCGUGGUAAUAAAAAGACCGAUCCGGCUUGGGUAGCGUCCUUAACACCAGGCUGGCAGCAACGACGUAAUAUCAACUUCAAUAAUCUCUGCAAUGGUAUAAGGGAGCCUGAGGACAUGGUACAGGAUGGGUGGACUAACAUCUUGCCGGACGUCUUCGGCCAGCCGGACCCUAAUAUGACUCCCGAGGAGGCUGCCGCGUUUCGACAACUUGUCGACUAUGAAAAGAUGGAAGCCGUCCGCGCACGCUGUGAUAAGCUUGUCAAGGAUCCCGCCACCGCCGAGGCCUUGAAGCCGUGGUACAAUAUCAUGUGUAAACGGCCCUGCUUCCACGAUGAAUACCUUCAGACGUUCAACCGGCCCAACGUGCACCUGAUCGACACCGCCGGCAAGAGUCUUGAAGGUGUCGACGAGACAGGUGUGUUGGCCAACGGUCAACACUACGAGGUCGACGUCAUCAUCUAUGCGACGGGCUUCGAGAAGGCCACGUCCUUUUCGCACCGCGCCAACAUGGAACUUUACGGGCGCGGCGGCCUGACGCUCACCGAUGCUUGGGGUAACGGACCACGCACCCUGCACGGCUACACGACGCGAAACUUCCCUAACUGCUUUUUUAUCCAUAACAUCCAGUCUACUCUGACCCCAAACUUCCUCUUUACGGCGAGCGAGACCUCCUGGCAGCUGGUGUACCUGAUCACGGAAUGCCUGAAGCGCGGAAUCAAGAGCGUUGAGCCCACCGCGCAGGCAGAGGAGGACUGGGUGAACACCAUCCUGAAACUCGGUGAGCGGUCCGCCAAAUUCUACGCCGAGUGUACGCCUGGGUAUUACAACAACGAAGGCACGCACGAUUCCUCGGCGGCCAAGAACGCGGGCUAUGGCGGAGGAGCGCCGGAAUUCAUGCAGUUAAUGCGCGACUGGAGGGCGAAGGGCGACAUGGCGGGACUGGAUGUAAGAGUGUGA